CCUGCUCCUCCGUCGGUGGCGGGCUCCGGCUCCGGCUCCGGCUCGGGAAUGCGCCCCGGGGUCCCGGGCCCCGCGCCCUGCGCUCACCUGCUGCUCUGCGCCCUGCUGCGCUGGACCUCCGCAGCCCCCGACCCUGGCUCGUUCCUGAUCUUCGGCCAGGGGCUGCAGGGCUGCCUGGAGGCACAGGGCGGGCAGGUCAGGGUCACCCCGUCCUGCAACACCAGCGCCCCUGCCCAGCGCUGGAAAUGGGUCUCCCGCAACCGACUGUUCAACGUGGGCGCCCUGCAGUGCCUGGGCACGGCCUGGCUGGGAGUCAAUGCCUCGGCUGCCCUGGGCACCUAUGAGUGUGACCGCGAGGCCCUGAGCCUGCGCUGGAACUGCCGCAGCCUGGGUGACCGGCUGACCCAGCAGCUGGGCAAUGGGUCCCAGGGAGGGGCCGCAGAGCGUGGGGACCAGGCCCGGGGCGGCCCCUGGCGCGUCUACGGCACUGACGGGGACCUGUGUUCUGUGCCUUACCAUGAGAUCUACACCAUCCAGGGCAAUGCCCAUGGGAAGCCCUGCACCAUCCCCUUCAAGUACGAUGGGCAGUGGUUCCACGCCUGCACCAGCAGCGGCCGUGAGGAUGGGCACGUCUGGUGUGCCACCACCCAGGACUAUGGCAAGGAUGAGCGCUGGGGCUUCUGCCCCAUCAAGAGUGAUGACUGCGAGACCUUCUGGGACACGGACCACCUGACCAACAGCUGCUACCAGUUUAACUUCCAGUCCACCUUGUCCUGGAGGGAGGCCUGGGCCAGCUGCGAGCAGCAGGGGGCCGACCUGCUCAGUAUCACCGAGAUCCACGAGCAGACCUACAUCAACGGACUCCUGACUGGCUACAGCUCCACCCUGUGGAUUGGCCUCAAUGACCUGGACAUCAGUGGGGGCUGGCAGUGGUCUGACAACUCGCCCCUCAAAUACCUCAACUGGGAGAAUGAUCAGCCCGACAACCCGAGCGAGGAGAACUGUGGGGUGAUCAGGACCGAGUCCGCCGGAGGGUGGCAGAACCGGGACUGCAGCAUCGCAUUGCCCUACGUCUGCAAGAAGAGGCCCAAUGCCACUGUGGAGUCCGGGCCCCCUGUGCUGGGUGACCCAAAGGCUGACGUGCGGGUGGAGUGUGAGCCCGCCUGGCAGCCUUUCCAGACGUCGUGCUACCGCCUGCUGGGGGAGAAGCGGUCCUGGCCCGAGGCCCGCAAGGCCUGUCUGCGGGGUGGCGGGGACCUGCUCAGCGUCCACAGCCUGGCCGAGCUCGAGUUUGUCACCAAGCAGGUCAAACAGGAUGUGGAGGAGCUCUGGAUCGGCUUGAAUGACCUGAAGCUGCAGAUGAGCUUCGAGUGGUCGGACGGAAGCCCUGUGCGCUUCACCCACUGGCACCCCUUUGAGCCAAACAACUUCCGGGACAACCUAGAGGACUGCGUCACCCUCUGGGGGCCGGAGGGGCGCUGGAAUGACAGCCCCUGCAACCAGACUCUGCCAGCCAUCUGCAAGAAACCUGGACAGGUCAGCCCGGGGUCUGCAGAGGAGGAUCAUGGCUGUCGCAAGGGCUGGAAGUGGCACAGCCCUUCUUGCUAUUGGCUGGGAGAAGAUCAUGUAACGUACAGCGAGGCCCGACGGCUCUGCAUGGAGCAGGGUGCCACCUUGGUCACCAUCACCAACAGGUUCGAGCAGGCCUAUGUCAGUAGCCUCAUCUUCAGCUGGAGCGGAGAGCACUUUUGGACUGCACUACAGGACCUGAAUGGGACCGGCACUUUCUAUUGGCUCAGCGGUGAUGAGGUCUCCUACACCCACUGGAACCGGGACCAGCCCGGGUUCAGCCGUGGGGGCUGCGUGGCCUUGGCCACGGGCAGUGCCACAGGGCUGUGGGAGGUGAAGGACUGCGCCACCUUCCAAGCCCGCUACAUCUGCCGGCAGAACCUGGGCACCCCUGUGUCCCCAGAGCCAGCUGGUCCCAACCCUACGCCCAGCCUCACCGGCUCUUGCCCCAGUGGCUGGACCUCGGACCCUAAACUCCGUCACUGCUACAAGGUGUUUGGCUCAGAUCGGCUGCAGGACAAGAAGAGUUGGGUCCUGGCCCAGGGAGCCUGCCAGGAGCUGGGGGCUCAGCUGCUCAGCCUGGCCAGCUCCCAGGAGGAGCACUUUGUGGCCAGCAUGCUCAACAAGGUCUUUGGCGAGUCAGAGCCUGAGAACCACGAGCAGCACUGGUUUUGGAUCGGCCUCAACCGGCGGGAUCCUUGGACUGGGAGGAGCUGGCGCUGGAGUGAUGGCCUGGGGUAUUCCUACCACAACUUCGACCGCAGCCGCCACGACGACGAUGAUGUCAGGAGCUGUGUGGUGCUGGACCUCGGCUCUCUGCAGUGGGUCCCCAUGCAGUGCGAGACACAGCUGGACUGGAUCUGCAAAAUCCCCAAAGGAACAGACGUCCAAGAGCCAGAUAUCAGCCCGCAAGGCAGGAAGGAGUGGGUGAGGUUCCAGGAGGCCGAAUACAAGUUCUUUGAGCAUCACUCCACGUGGGUGCAGGCUCAGCGCAUCUGCACAUGGUUCCAGGCGGAGCUGGUGUCUGUGCACAGCCAAGCUGAGCUGGACUUCCUGGGCCACAACCUGAUGAAGUUCUCACGGGGGCAGGAGCAGCACUGGUGGAUCGGGCUGCACACGGAGAAUGACGGACGCUUCAGGUGGACAGACUGGUCAAUCCUCAACUUCAUCUCCUGGGCCCCGGGCAAGCCGAGGCCCAUCAGCAAGGACAAGAAGUGUGUGUAUAUGACGGCCAGCCGCGAGGACUGGGGAGACCAGCGCUGUCAGACUGCCCUGCCGUACAUCUGCAAACGCAGCAACAGCACCGCUGCCACGCCGUUCCCAUCCUUCAUGCCCACCAUCCUCCCAGGCGGCUGCCCCCCAGGCUGGAUCCACUUUAGCCAUAAGUGCCUCCGGAUCCACGGCUGGGACCCCGCCGACCGUCGCCGGUGGCAGGAGGCGCAGCGGGUGUGUGGGCAGCAGGAGGGUCAGCUUUUGACUAUCAACAGCCUGUUGGAGCAAGCAUUUAUAACUACCAGACUGUCCAACGUGACGUUUGACGUAUGGAUUGGCCUCCACUUGGUCCAGAAGGAGUUCCAGUGGGCAGAUCGGGAGCCACUACUCUACGGGAACUGGGCCCCCGGCGAGCCGUCAGGACAUGAUUCUGGCCCCAGUGAUGACAAGCCUACAAGCUGCGUCCUGCUGCGGCACGGCUCCCCGCUCCAGUUCACCGGCCGCUGGGAAGACCGUGGCUGCCAGGAUGAGAAACACGGUUUCAUCUGCCAGAAGGCCACAGACCCAAUGCUGAGCCCCUCCUCGGCAGUCCUGCCCCCGGUGCCUAGCAAAGAGCUCCCCUACCUCAAUGGCACCUUCCGGCUGCUGAAGAAGCCUCUGCGCUGGCACGAUGCCCUCCUGCUCUGUGAGAGCCUCAACAGCAGCCUGGCCCGGGUGCCCGAGCCCUUCACCCAAGCCUUCUUGACCCUGGCGGCCCACCACUUCUACCACCCGCUCUGGAUCGGGCUGGCCGACGAGGAGGGAUCCCGGCGUUACACGUGGGUGUCGGAGGAGCCCCUGAGCUACACCAACUGGCAGGACGGGGAGCCCCAGCAGCCGGCGGGCUGCACCUACCUGGAUGUGGACGGAACCUGGCACACUACCAGCUGUGAUACGCGCCUGCAGGGUGCUGUAUGCGGGGUCAGCCCAGGGCCGCCCCCUCCCCGCAGGCUCCAUUUUGGCGGGAGCUGCCCCCGGACCCUGGCUGACUCGGCCUGGAUCCCUUUCCGGGAGCACUGCUACUCCUUCCACAUGGAGCUGGUGCUGGGGCCUCAGGAGGCACGGCAGCACUGCCAGAGAGCCGGCGGCACGGUCCUGUCCAUCCUGGAUGAGGCGGAGAACACAUUCGUCUGGGAGCAUCUGCAGAGCUCCGAGGGCCAGAGCCACGGGGCUUGGCUGGGCAUGACCUUCAACCCCAAAGGAGGCACACUGGUCUGGUCAGACAAUGCAGCCGUCAACUACUCCAACUGGGACUCUCCUGCAAUGGGAAUAACCAUGCUGAGCCAUAACAGCUGCUAUUGGAUCCAGAGCAGCAGCGGGCUAUGGCAGCCGGGCCCCUGUGUCAACAUCACCAUGGGCGUCGUGUGCAAGCUGCCCCGCGUGGAAGAGAACAGCUUCUCCCCCUCAGCAGCAUUGCCUGAGAGUCCGACGGCCCUGGUGGUGGUGGUGUUGGCAGCCGUGGCACUGCUGGUUCUGCUGGUCGUGGCCUUGAUCCUGUACCGACGGCACCGGGGGGCUGAGCGUGGGGCAUUCGAGAGUGCCCGCUAUAGCCGCGGUGCCUCUGCCCCCGGGGAGGCCGCCGAGAAGAACAUCCUGGUGGCUGACAUGGAACUGAACGAGCAGCAGGACUAGAGCCCCGGGCCGGCAGGGACGCAGGGGCGCAGGGGCGGGACCUGGGCAUGGGGUGGAACAGGGCAGGGGCAG